GCAUACAUGAGAGAAUUGAGUAUCUACCAGGCUCUGGUCGUAGAACUUUGUUUCCUACUGCCAGACUUGACUUGUGCGAUGUUCCCUGCAAUCUGGAACGACUGACUACUAGUGUUGAUUUGGUCACUCAGCACAUUGGAAAGGACUGUGACCGCGACACAUAUUCUGUGCAGUCUCAGAGGAAAUUAUGUGGUGCCAGCACAGAGAGUGUAGAUUUGCUUCCUACAGCGGAUGUGGAAACAGAAUGGAUAGACAACCAGCCAACAGAUGAUAGACAUAGGAGUGACCAAAUCUAUCAGUUUGAUGGUGCUACCAAUGCUGUAAUGAUCUCGGAAUUUACACUUAAUCACAACCUAACUGACAACUUUACAGUGUCCUUCUGGAUGAAGCAUGAGCCACCAUUAGAAACCAAUGAUACUUUUCAACAUACUAAAGAACAUGUCCUCUGUAAUGCUGAUGAUCACAAACACAACCGUCACCACUAUUCCAUUUUCAUCAGAAACUGCCGAUUAAUUUUGCUGUUGAGGAGAGAAUUCAACCAGGAACAACCUAAUGUAUUUAAACCUGCAGAAUGGCGUUGGAAAUUAUCAGAAGUCUGUGAUAACCAGUGGCAUCAUUAUGCUGUUAGCAUAAAUUUUCCUGAGGUUAUUUUAUAUCUGGAUGGUCAAACUUUUAAAGAGAAGCCAAGCAACUAUGAAGUGAUUGACGACUGGCCUUUGCACAAGAUGAAAAAUAUUAACACUACCCUGGUAGUAGGUGCUUGCUGGCAAGGGAGAGAAAACAAAAUGAAUUUCCAUUUCCGUGGAUACUUAGCUGGUCUGUCAGUGCUCAGGGGGCAAACAGAAAACCCAGAUGUUUUGAGGUGUCUUCAUCGUUGCAAAGAAGGUCUUGAAGAACCUUCUUCAAGUCUUAUUGAAAGCAACACGGAAGUAUUUACUAAUUCAGACCAAACUCAAGUGACGAUUGAAGGAAUCAGCAAAAUGAAUAUGGAGGACCUUGUGGCUCAAGUGGCCUACAUAAACUCCCGAGAGUAUCCAUCUCCUGGUCUCCGCAGUCUUACUGUAGCUACCACUGUUACGUGUGGAAAUGGAAGCAUCCUCAAGGUUCCUACUUUCCAUAGCUACAUCAUAGUUCUUCAGCCUGACCAACCUACUAUUGGUAUCAAUGGAACUUCAAAUCUUGCCCGAGAGUAUGAUGCAUUCAAACAGGGUAUUGAGUUGUUUAGCACAGUAAGUGUUGUGGUCACUCAGAGGCGAGACCAGGAGCUUAUUGAUGCUGGCUUGAUUACUCAGCAGAAGCUGGACACGUGUAAGGUCCAGGUGUAUCCUCCACUGAACCAUGAUCACGAGUACUUCAAACUCCCUACUAAUGUGAUGGACCAGCUAGGGAUCCACUACAGAGAAAGCAAAGAUGGUUUGCUCAUAUACGGGACACACUCUAGUCAUAACUAUGAAAUGCUUCUGAGAGAAAUAGUGUAUUACAAUCAUAAACCAGCUUACUACCUCAAUCGUGCCUUCAAACUGGUCUGCUCAGGGCUGAAUGGUCGAUUCAUUAGCAACGAAUACAUCCAAACACUCACAGUAAUUCAUCCUCGUGUGGAGCCCAGUCAUGAGGUAGUGAACCAUAUGGAUCCAGCUGCUUUUGCUCAUGCUCAGAUCCAUGACCACCAAGUAGAGCUGCAAGCAGCAUAUGUCACAAGUAAAUUAUUAGAAAACAGUGAAGCUGUUGCUAGAACUUCAGCUAGUCAUACUGUCACUGUCAUCAUCAUCAUCUGUGUUGGGUUUUUGGUGUUUAUGAUCGUGUUGGGAGUAAUUAGAAUUCGAGCAGCCCAUCGUCGAUCACAAGGCAACUGCCCAGAUGACCAUGAAAUGGCAUGGGAUGGCAGCUCUUUGACCAUUACAGUAAACCCAAUGGAACAAGUCCAAGAAAUUCCAGCACCUCAGAAAGAACAAACUGAAGACAGUGACAGCUCAGACGAAGGUAGUUGUUGCCAAGAAGAUGAAGCUGACAGUUCUGAAGAAGAGACUGAAAAACCUAGAGCUCUUGAGCUGGAUUGCAACAGCUCCAAACAUAAAAUCUAAGUUACAGACAGCAAAGCUGCCACCAAUAGAAUAAUAACUUUACAACACAAUUCACUUACUUUCAUGUGUCGGUGGCAGCCGCUUCAUAUUGGAGGCAUUCCUAGAUGACACAUAGUGGAAACCAGUGACAUGUUUUAAACAUAGCUACUUUAUUGUUUCAUCAGCUUGGUAAAGAUGGCUCUCAUCAUCUUUAAAAAAAUAAAUAAAUUUUAUUAUUGAGAAAAUGGGUGAUUUGUUUUGUGGGUUGUCAUGAAACAGAUGCCAUAUUUUAGAAUGGUAUAUAAAAGGAAAAUCAAACACUAGUUUGUUUCCUGGUUCAAGAUGGUAAAUUUAAGUUAAGUAUUUUUGUUGUUGAUGUUAUAGACGAGGCAGUUUCUUUUGUUUCUUGUAAUUUGUUCAACAGAAGUCUUACAAGAAUUGUUUCUCAUCAAACAGAUGGUUAAGUACAAGUGAUACAAUUAUGUUUGAAUCUCUUAUAAUGACUAAAUUAGAUGGUUCAUUUUAGUAUUUUUAUUUUUCUGUGUCAUGUACAGCUGCGACAUACAGGCCUCCCAGUGGAACAUUUAAAAAACCUUUAUUUUGCUUCUCAUCAUUUAUUUUUUUUUAUAUUUAUAUAUUUAUAUAUUUGAGGGUAAACAAAACAUUGCAUUAAAUUUUUCGAUACUGCAGUCAUAAUAUAUACUAUGAUUAUCCGGUACAGAUCCAUGAAAAUAUAAAGAUUUUGCAUUAUGUUCAAUAGGGUGGGGGAUAAUUUAGACUCCAUUAACAGCAUUAUCAGAACUUCCAUGGUAGAAUUUCCAUCACCACAGAUAUAGUAAUGGACUUCUUCAUGGAAAUUGUGCAGAUGGUUAUAAAAAUUCACAUUUAUUAUUAAUUAGUGAAAUAUUGUUACGUAUCUGCUUGUUUGUUUGUUUUUGGUAGAAAUUCUUUCUGAGAAUCUUCA